AACAAAGCCCCGGAUGACAACAAAACUCAUAUUUUACGUCUAACUGCGAACGGGAAUCCGUCUUUAUGAAUCGAAACCGACCGUUGGGGUCGAUUCUCUGUGUUUUUCGUCGCUGUUUGAGGCCUUUCGGGCGAUGUUGUUUAUCUGUAGUAAGGGGGGGCUUGAAACCGCCACUCUUGUGCCCCAUUUCCUCGGUUGUUUUCCUUCUCUCGCCUGGAUUCUCCAUGUUGUUGGUGCAAGAGUGAAGACUUCGCAGCGACGGGUAGAGGGGGGCUACCGCUCGGUGAUAUUUACCCGUAAUAGAAGCAGGUAAAACCCGAGAGCUGACAGAGUCUCAAAUAGCCUCCAAAAAAACAUAUCUAAGUGCCUUGCCCCCUCCCCGGGCGGCGGACCUCCGAGAGAAGAAGAAGAAGGAGAAGAAGCGGCGGGGGAAUAAAGAAACCCAGGAACAAGAUAAACCCUGCUCUCUUUCUCUCUCAUCGAGGAUUGUUUUUGAGGCGGAUGACAAGUUCCCUCGGACAAUAAUUGAGUCCACUUGUCAAUAAAACCCAAUGAGGGAUGCCCAUCAGUGCUCGGGGACAGGAUUUGAGGAUUUUGAGGGCUCCGUGAUUGUCAGAUGGAAAGUUCUGUUAUCACCCAAGUGCAGAAAGAAGACGUUCAAGUGUCACCGAAAACAGGCCAGGUGAGCCGGUCUGCCCUGAAACAGCCUCGGAGUUGUAACAUCUUCAAAGCGCUCUUCUGUUGCCUCCAAGCUCAGGAUGGCCCCAAACCGCCGCCACCAACACCGCCACCUUCCCAGCAGUCCUUGCUGGAGUCACAGGAAAAUGGGACUGUUGUCAAGCAGUCUGAGCCGGACCUGCUGCCUGAGGUCGAGGCCCAGGACCAGGGCAAGAUCUGUGUGGUCAUAGACCUGGAUGAAACCCUGGUGCACAGCUCAUUCAAGCCCAUUAGUAAUGCAGACUUCAUCGUGCCUGUGGAGAUAGAGGGGACCACACACCAGGUGUAUGUGCUGAAGAGGCCGUACGUGGACGAGUUCCUGCAGAGAAUGGGCGAGCUGUUUGAAUGUGUGCUGUUUACAGCCAGUCUCGCAAAGUAUGCAGACCCUGUGACGGACCUGCUGGAUCAGUGUGGCGUAUUCCGGACCCGGUUGUUCCGGGAGUCGUGUGUAUUCCACCAGGGCUGCUACGUCAAAGAUUUGAGCCGCCUGGGCCGAGACCUCCACAAAACCCUCAUCCUGGAUAACUCACCUGCCUCCUACAUCUUCCACCCUAAUAAUGCUGUUCCCGUGGUGUCAUGGUUCGAUGACGUGGACGAUGCUGAGCUGCUCAACCUUCUGCCUGUGUUUGAGGAACUUAGUCAAGCUGAUAAUGUUUACACCCAGCUGGACCUGCUCCGUGGACAUUAAGCUCUCGAUGGACCCGCUAAGCUCCUCGCUCAGAGCUCCGGCUUGAAACUUUUUUUCUCUACAAACUACAAUAGAAACAGUAUAUAUAUAUCGAGCGUAGAUACUAGAGAGUUUUCAGACCUUGCCUCUGCACAAAAUCCUCUGUUUAGAAAAUUGCAUUAGUGUGGUGUUUAAGGAAAUUCCAGGCCUGGGAAACACAAUGUGCGUGUUUGGCCGAGCUGAAACUAUAGAUUGCGAUCUGAGGCCUUUCAGUGCUGACAUUAUUGACAACCACUAUUUGAAAGAGCGGGAAACAACAACCAAAGCCCAUCACAAUCACUCCAGUUAGAAUAUUAAAGUGGUUCUUUUGCCAAAGCAGAAGCCUGCCUGCCCUGACUUGACUUUUGGACAUUUUAUUCUUCUUUUUCUUUUAAUUAUUGUGCCUUUUUAAGGAACAACAACACCAACAAAAAAAACAGCUCUUUUUUUAAAAAUUUCCACCAGAAUUUUAUACAUUUAUUGAUUUCUUUUUAUAGGUUGUUUUUAUAAGGAAAUCUAUUUUUGUGGUUCCUCUAUGCAACCCAGUUCAUGGACAGUACCUCCUGAGAAGCCAGUCAGUCAAUAAUUGCAUCCUGCAGAUGUUAACAUUACUGUAGCCUUAUUUACCUGUAAAUGAGCAGCAGAACAAAAAGUGUAUUUUACUUAUUUGUACUAUAACCAUAAUUUCUACCAUGCAAAAUAUACAUACAGGUGCACCUCAAUGAAUUAGAAUAUCAUAAAAAGGUUUAUUUGUAUCAGUAAUUCAAUUCAAAAAGUGGAAAUAACACAUUAUAUAGUUUCAUUACACACAGAAUGAAACAUUUCAUGACUUUAUUUAUUUAAUUUCUUCUAAUUAUAAUGAUUAUGGCUUACAUUUAAUGAAGACCUAAAAUUCAGUGUCCAGAAGUUUUUUUUUAUAUUACAAAACACUAAUUUUAAAAAGUAUGUUUAAUAUGGAAAUGUUGGCCUCUGAAAAGUAUGUCCAUCUACAGUCAUGGUAAAAAAACAUUAGACCAUUUUUUUAUAGACAUUUUCCAUGGUUUUCUUGAUAAUAACCAAAAUCAUUAUCAAGAAAACCAUGGAAAAUGGUUAGAUAUCAGCUCUUAAAUUAAACUCUUAUCAGCUAUUUUUGUUGUGAUCAUUAUAUUUGUCCAAACAAAUGCACCUUUAGUUGUACAAGGCAUUAAAAUGAACAAGAAAUUGAAGAAAAUAAGGAUGGUCUAAUCAUUAUUUCCAUGACUUUAUAUGCACUCAAUACUUGGUUGGGGCUAUUUGACUUGAACUACUGGAAAUUGACUUUAUUACAUGAUAUUCAAAUGUAUUGAGAUGCACCUGUAAUGAAUGUUCAGAUUGAUAUUUGAUGUGAGUAAACAGGGUGAAAUCUUGUCUUUGAUGGUCCGUUGAAAGCAGACACACUGGAAUUUGUCGGCACAUAGGACGACCGUAAAAUGCCACAGUUUUCAGUCGAGUUUUUAACUAAUAAUUCAUUUGUUACUGUGUUAUUCUUUUUAUAUAUGACAGACAAACUUGCACUUGUUUUAUAUUGACAGUGCUGAAAGUAAAAAACUGUGCCUUUGAAAUUCGGACAGAGAAUGGUGUUCUGCCUGAAGAGAGAUUUGUAGGCCUACACACUCUGAUGUGUCAUGCUGAGCGUGAGAAAACACUGUCAGGAGCAAGUGUAAAGCCAUGUGGCUGUGGUACUUGCAGUGCAACACUUGAAAAAUAUCAAAUUUGAUUUUUUUUGAGCAUGUGUGAGCGUUUUUUUUUUUAUAUUUAUUGGCCAAAAAAACCUGUCUUGUCCAGUACUUUUCUUAAUGCUUAACAUUUUGUAUUGUAAUCCAUCUGCCUACUUUAAAGGCUGGCCUUGUGUUUAACUGUUUUAUCUGUGCCUAAAUAACACACACACACGUCACUGUCAAAGUUCAGAGAUAAUUCAAAUCAAACACAAAUAGAUCAAUCAAUCAUGCAAGAAGACAUUUUUAUAUUUCCAUUUUUAAUUCAGUACAAAGGAUAUUUUUUUGGGGUUAUGUUUCCUUGGGUAAUAUGGUUUUUCUAUGAUGUUUAAUGUCUGAUGCAAUUAUUGCCUGCAUGUUAACCAGUAAAAUACGACAAUGAAAUUGUACCAGUUGUGAUGACCAAAAGUAUUUGUUUAGACAGUCACAAUUUGUCUUUGUGUAUCAGAAUAAAUUGAACAUUUUGUCUACCUGAUCUGACCAAAACUCUAAAAGACAAGGUGCUACCAGUUUUUAUUUUACAAUAAAAAUUGGUUAUAUUAUUCUGUCUUUGUGGAUGUUUUUCUCAGGACUCUAGGCUCUCCACAUUCGUCUUAAAGGUAUAAAACACAUUUUCUCUCUUUUACAACGAUUAAAUAUUAUUUAAAUUUCAUUUUUACUGUACCUUCAAGUUUUCAACCACCCAAAAUAUAUUUUACACAUUUUAAAUUUCAACAUGUUUAGUGGUGGAAUCAUACUGUACACAUUUACUUGAAUAUUUCCAUUUUAUAUGUAUAUAGACUUACAUAAAGAACUAUUAAACUUUUUUAAUUCACUACA